GCUAAUGUUAAAUUCAUCCGGUGCAAUCUGAUGUCACUCCAUCUCCAUCUCGGGGGUUUUUCCUUCCAAGCUCUUUACAGAUACACACACAAACAUACAUACACAUAAACACAUGUACAUACUCUCACGCUCACAUAUCCAUACAUUCUAGUACACACACAAACACACACAUUUAUAUAUAUACACAACAUGCAAGGUGGUUCGCGUACGUUGAGAUGUAUCAUUGUGUAAACAAAAUGAGGGAAAAACUGAAAUGUCCUUUGCUGCCCUCUUCAUUAUGAACGGGAAUUUGAUUUGAUACCAGUAAUUUCCACAGUUGCCUGACCUGCCACAGCACGUGUCCCACUUUUGAUGCAUCUGUUGUCCAGCUUACAUAAUCGUUGCCCUGCCUUGCCACACCAGUUUUCCAGCUUUCUUUAGCAGCUGUACAACUUACCACACAACAGUUGUCCAGUUUAUCACAGUUAUUGUCGUCCCACCUUCCUGUAGCAACUUCUCCACCAUACCUUUACCAGCGGCUGUUUUCUGUUUGGCAUAAAACACCAGUUACCCAACGUUAUUUACACCGAUAAUGUAGCUUCCCACACACAUUCCCCAACAAAACAGUUAAACCUCAUAACAGUGCCUAGUUGUUUAAUUUAAACUACCAUUUGCCUAAGUUACUCUGCCAGUAGUGCCAAAAUGAAUGACAUUGCAAAAGAUAGAUUUGACAACCAAAAUGGAUGUUGUCAGUUGGAAGAGGAUAGCAAUCACACAUUUGAGGUGUCCUCUGAUGACAUUUGCAAGUUUGGCAUUUGUGACAUAGGCCUCAUUGUGGAACAGGAACUCAUAGAGUGUCACAAACAGGUCUUGUCAGAAAACAGUCAGUACUUCAAAGCAAUGUUUGAAAGUACUAUGAAAGAAAAAUCUCAAAAGACUAUAGACCUUAAAUGUGUGUCGCUCAAUAGCUUCAAAGUGAUUUUAGAUUUCUGUUAUAGUAAACCAGCCCCUCUUCUCAUCGACCGUGACAACAUCUUUGAUGUAACACGCAUUGCUGAUAUGUUGAAUUUUUCUGAAGUAUUCUCAUUAUGCAAGAAUUUCUUAUGGAGUCUUGUAAGUCAGAACUGUUUUGAUGUCCUCAUGCUAGCCUCCACUUUGUUCAUAAAAGAUCUGCACAACUACUGCACUGCUUAUGUCCUCUGGAAUUUCAAAACCAUCAAAGACAAUGAAGAUUUUGUCUUCUUAACUAAAGAUGAGCUACAGAACUAUCUCAGUGACAGCAGACUUAAUACAGUUUCAGAGCUUCCUGUGUAUAAAAGUAUUAUUACAUGGAUAAAUCAUGAUCCCGGACAACGGACGAAAUAUUUCAAAGAACUAUUUUCAUCGUGUGUCCAUGUUGGUUUAAUGUCCAGUGAAGAAUUAGAAGUUCUUCAAGAAUCAGACCUGGUGAAAUCCACUCCGAAUGUUUUACAAACAGUCGAGUCAGCUUAUGUUGAUCAAGAUUCAAGUGCAGCAAAUAAUGACUCAACUGGAGGUUCGAAGAAGCCUUCUCAUCUACGACAGAUUCCUCAAGCGCUGUUGUGGGUUGGUGGAGACAAGAGCAAACUCUGCGAUAAACCGAGUCCCCAUUGGAAUGUAAUGCGAUGGGAUGCUACUGCCAAAGAAUAUGUCAAGCUAGAUGAUAUGUACCCUGUGACGUCACCGGUGGAAGCUGACAUGGGUUACAGGGUGUGCAGUUUGGGUGUGGAGGUCUAUGUAUUGGGAGGUGAAGCCAAACUUGGAAGUAACAAAUGGCAGAUACAGACCUGGGCUUACGAUUUAUUAAAGAGGAAAUGGAUCAGAAAAGCAUGUCUCCUGCAACCCCGUCGGCACCAUGCUGUUUGUGUCCUUGACAACGACAUCUAUGUGAUUGGCGGAUUUACCAAAUACCGUGAGAUUACAGUCAGUGUCCAUUGCUACCAUUCUAACAAUGAUUCCUGGACAGUAUGUUCCGACUUAAUAAGACCGGAAUUUGCUGCUACGGCUGCUGCACUAAACAACAGAGUAUAUUUAUUGAAGACAUUGAUUAUCCAAUGUUAUAAUCCUUCCAGUAAUCAGUGGACAAUUGUUACCACUGAUGUACCACCAGCAAUAACUCCUGGCUUUACUGUCAUGUCAGCUAUUACCGUUGGCAACUCACUCAUCAUACAAAGUGGCUACAACAACAAACUCUAUUUAUACGACCCCUAUGCCGAAGACCAGGACCAAGCAUGGACUUCCCUCGGCUGCUUCAAAGAUGUCUUUGGAAGCUGCGCAGAACUGGAUGGCAAAAUCUAUUGCAUGGGUAAUGACAGUAACCAUAUGGAAACUUAUGAUAUAGAAUCACAGACAUUUGGCAUUGAGAUGUCAGUCUCCUGCCAUUUAUCUCGGAGUUUCUUAGUAACUGUGCCAUUCUACGAGGAGACCAUGACAUAAAACAUUAAACAUCUUAAUGUCCUUUCACUUGAAAAUGAAGAUAUGUUUUGCUGUAAUUUUUCACUUAGGAGAACGCCAUAGAGUAGAAGGUAAGCUCCCGAUAAACUUGGAGAUCAAGUUUCACUUCCAGAUCAGAACUGUGUCACUUCACCUACAUCACUAAUAUACUUGGAAAAGGCAUGAACAUCACAACAUCCAUUUCGUUCAUAACAGUUUUACACUUCACAACCAUCACCUACAGAUGACAGGAGAAGCCACUACAGAGAACCUUCCCUGAGACAUUAUGAACAAAAUUGUAACAAUAUCUAAUUUCAAGCUACAUCUGCCAGCUUUUUGACCUGAAAUUUUCUACCAUUUAUUUUACGAGCUUUUUACUUGUCAUGCAAUAAGACUUUUAUGUAUGUAUAUAUAUAUAUAUAUAUAUAUAUGAUUUUAUAUAUACAUAUAUAUAUUUAUGAUUUUAUAUAUAUAUAUAUAUAUAUAUAUACACAUAUAUGAUUUUAUACAUAUACAUAGAUACAUACAUGUGUAGUUUAUAUUAAAUUUGCCUUGCAAUUUACUCAGUGAAAUGCUUACGAUUGUCAUUGUUAGAUCCAGCUGUGGUCAGAUUUACUGUGAAACGGAUGUUGUCAAUAGAACGAAGCAUUUGACUGUGUGGCUACUAUUAAUUGCUGUCUUUAAUGCAGGACAUGCUGUCCUAUGAAUUUAGGGGCUGAAAAGAUGUAGUCCCUACUCUAAAUCCAGGAAUUUGUUGAGGCAAGAAAUUUUGCCUUUUACUGAGUAGAUUAAAUGACUACAUAGAUGUUUCCGAACUGGUUGUUGUCGUUGUUGUUGUGGUCUUAAGUAAAAUGGUUGGGGUUUGCCUUCCUGCCAUUAAGAAAUUUUUGUUUCAAUGUCAGAACAGAGAUAAUAACCAUCAUGAACAAAUUAUGUGCUCAGCGUAAGCCCCAUCAUACAAUUAAAAGUCACCAGCACAAAACUGUUGAAUAUGAUUCUAUAUUUGUGAGAAGAGGAAUUUAUAUCAUGCAUAUUGUUUAUAUCAGUUGGACGGGUGUCUUAAUCUUGAUUAUUGAUUUCACUAUAUUUCAGCCUUCAGGUAUCUUGGGUUGAUUUCGAUUUCUGAACCUAACCCUUUAUUUCAUCCAUGAAGGUACAGUUCUCAUUCACUUCUCUCUGUGUUUUGUGACAUGUUUAAUUUCAGUUGAUACUUUGUGAAUUACCUCAGUGUCUUGCAUAGUGCAAGUAGAUAAAGAUGUUGGUUAAUGCGGUGCAAACACCAACAGGUUCUGAGUUCAAUCCCAGGCAAAGCAAUAAGAUAUUCACAAAAAAGUCCACUGAAGAAAAAAUGUUAUGAAACGCAGAGAGCAGAAUGGAAACGAUGUACCCUCAUGGAUCUAAUAAAGGUUCAGGCUCAAAAUUCUAACACAAGCGAGUUCAACACAAAACACUUGAAGAAGGCCGAUGAAUACAACAGCCAAAAUGUAGUGAAAUCUGCAAUCAAGACGACAACACCUGUCCACUUAAUAUAAACAGUAUACGCAACAAAACUGUUUAUUUUUUCAAUCCAGAUUCUAUUCCAUUGUGCCUGUCAAAGAUAUCUAUUGUUUGUUUCCACGACUGGCUUGCAAGACAUGUUAAUGGCAGAGUGAUGUACAUGACCUCUCAACUGGAAACAUGUUGGUAAGCCUGGGAACACACCCCAUGGUACUUUAUGGAAAACCUAUAAUAAGCAGGGCUAAUUACAAAGUCCAUCUGCUAUGGUGAUCAAGGCCCUCUGUUGAUUCAUUUUCUCUUUUGGCACCUUAUGGUGAAUUUCCUCUAUGGCAUUGGGGUCUUCUAUAUUUGCUAGCACUUUACGGAGCGCUUAUUUUAUGGUGACCAUUUUUAACCUGCCUCAGUAAUUAAUUAUCACUAAUUACAGCUAAAAAUAAGUGUAUAUAAAUAACAAACAGCAAAUAUCAUGCAUUCAUUCUUUCACUUAACAUUUAUUUAUUUAUUGAAUUAAAAAAUAUAUAAACAUAC